GGGCCUGCAGGCUCACACAGCUGGGACCCAUCUCCAGGAACAAACAGCUGGAACCCACCUUCAGUUGACUGAAACAGCCAGAUUUUUGAGCCUCUGUUCGAAGAGAUGGCGAUGGGCGUGGGCCCCUUGUUGUUGGUCUUCAUGCUGGGUCUAGGUCUGACCCCACCGACCCUGGCUCAGGAUAGUCCCACGUACAAACAAUUCCUGAACCAGCACUAUGAUCCCAGACCAAGUGGCCGUAAUAGCAAAUACUGUGAAAAAAUGAUGGAGAGACGAGGCCCCUCUGACAUACUGAUGGCUCUGCAGAGGACCCAUCCAUUGCUUCUGCUCUUGCUGUUGACCCUGCUGGGGCUGGGGCUAAUACAGCCCUCCUAUGGCCAGCAUGCCAUGUACCAGCGAUUCCUGAGGCAACACGUGGACCUUCAGGUGACAAGUGGUGAUGAUCGUUACUGCAACGUGAUGAUGCAAAGACGGAGGAUGACUAUUCGUCAAUGCAAGCCCUUUAAUACCUUCAUCCAUGAAGACAUUGGGAACAUUCUUAAUAUCUGCAACACCUCCAAUAUCCCGUGCAAGAAUGGCCGGAUGAACUGUCAUGAGGGUGUAGUGCAGGUCACAGACUGCAGAGAGACAGGAGGUUCCAGUGUCCCCAACUGCAGAUACCGAGCCAAGUCAAGCACUCGGCGUAUUGUCAUUGCCUGUGAGGGUAACCCAGAGGUGCCUGUGCACAUGGACAAAUAGAUGCCACCCUGCUGGGGUUAUGGGCAGCAUUUGGCCCUUUAAUUUACUUUUAAAUAUCUAUGAGCGUGCAUUUGAGCUAUCCCAGGCUCUGUCUCCUCUGCUCAUUUCUUAUUCUUUUUCUCAGUAUAACCCAUUCUAUUAAAUAUCAGUACAUUUCAUUAAAGAGACAUGCAGAGGUAUGUCUAAAACGAGUCUGGGCUUGUAAUAAGCUUCCUUUUAUAAUAGUGGUCAGCUUAGCUCUCUCAGAUCCUGUCAUCUGGAAUUUGGUCAUUAUGUGUAUUGAUACAGCAUUUCAAGCACUGCAGAGAGCUUUCAUUUAAGCUAUCUCAUUACAGCACCCUGAUGCUGCUAUUAUACAUAUAUAGGAGCUUGAGGUUAAGGAAUCUGCUGAAGACCAUAAAGUUAGUAGUGACCUGAGAAAAACAUCUGGUUAAACUAGUACUCAUGCUGGGAUUUUUCUACUUAGUCACAAGGAGUGUUUCUAGUGUAUGCUUUUUGUUAUGCCCAAUAGUCAGCUAUUGCGGGAAGCAAUAAAAAUUUAGAAAUAUAUACCAACAAAAUCAGAACUCUGAGUUAUUUGCAUUGUUGUUAUAUUUGGAUGUGAUAUGAUUAAGAAAAUGAUUUUAGGAAUUUUCUCUUCCUUUUCCCUUUGAAUCACUCUAGUAAGUUAGAGUACUAAAAAUGUACUAGGUCUUUAGAACUCACUUAUUCUUCUCAAAUGAUUUUUUUAUGUUUCUUUUUAUUAAAGGACUUAAACUACAGGUA